AUGGUUCGGUGCAGCAAUAUCGUGAUCGGAAUUCUAAACCUCUUCACCCUGAUCCUCUCGAUCCCAAUCCUGCUCGCCGGCGUGGCCAUGCAGAAGCAGGCGGCGACGGAGUGCGAGAGGUGGCUAGACUUUCCCUUCAUGGUGGUUGGCAUAUUUCUGCUGGUUGUGUCACUUGCCGGACUCAUUGGAGCAUGUUGUCGCUCUACGUGCCUCUUAUGGCUCUACCUCUUCGUCAUGUUCCUCUUCAUCGUCUCCCUCUUCGUCUUCACCGUCUUCGCCUUCGUCGUCACCCAUAAGAAUGUCAGUGAAGCCAUCUCCAAUAAAGGGAUCGAUGACUAUAAGCUUGGAGAUUAUUCCAAAUGGCUCCAAAGGAAGGUCAACGACACAAAGACAUGGAACAAAAUUAAGAGCUGUUUGCAAACUGGGAAAGUUUGCUCAAAUAAUAAUUACCGUCACAAGUUUUUGGACAACGCUUUCAAAUCUGUCGUUGAUGAAAAACACACACCAGCAGUUGAGCGUGGAUGUUGUAAGCCACCAAAUGAGUGUAAUUUUGUGAAUGAAAGUCCGAAUGUUUGGACGAAGCCAGAAAAUGGAACUUAUAACAAUCCUGACUGUGAUCGAUGGAGUAAUGACGAAAACACUUUAUGCUACGAUUGUCAAUCUUGCAAGGUUGGAUUACUAGAAGAUCUUAAAUAUGACUGGAAGAGAUUAGCCAUUGCCAACAUGAUACUCGUCGUCAUCUUAACCUUUAUCUACUCAAUUGGUUGCUGUGCAUUUAGAAAUAACCGAAGAAACAAUUAUUAUAGAAAAUAUCGCUAA